CGUCAAACCACGUUGAGACGAAAAUCUUUCUCGUCUAACCUUCGAACGAGUGAGCACGUUGUUGGAGUUUGCGAUUUAUUGCGUUUCAUAUUAAUUAAUUAAAUUCAAUUAAUUUAAGUGAUUAAAUUUAUUUAUUAUUAAAUAUGAAGAUGAAGAAGGAAGGUAUUAAAAUAAAUAAAGAAAAAGAAGUGAAGGAAAACGUGGUCGAGGUUAAAUCCGCGAAAAAUAAAAAGCCGGUAGGAAAAAUUAAUAAAUCUGUUAAACAAAACAAAGAAUCUACUGGAGAUUUAAAAAAAACUAAAAGUCAGUCGAUUAAAUUUGAAGAUUUAAAAAAUAAAAUAGAAGCUUCGCUAGAGAAAUCAGAAAAAAAAUUACAGAACAAGCAGACGAAGAGAAAACUUGAAGUUCCUGAGGUUGCUGUGAAAAAAUUAAAAAAAUCUGAAGAAAAAAUUGGCCAGGUGAAGAAAGUCGUUGAACAAAAAAAUGUCCAGGUAAAGAAGACUGAUAAAAAAAAAGUUGUCCAGGUGAAGACUGAGGUUCCGAAGAAGACUGAGGAAAAAAUCGCGCCAGUGGGUAAAAAGUCAAAGAAAACAAAUCAGCAAAAAAUAAAUCGAAUAGACAAAAAAUUGAAAUUAAACGAAGAACAAAUUAAUGAUGUGGAUAAAAAAUUAAAAUUGAAUGCAGAGAAGAUGAAGGUUUCAGAAAAGAAAACUAAAUCAGACGCUAAAAAACUUAAGCAAGAGGACAAGAAGAAGAAAUCCAACAAAAAAUUAGCAAAAGGUGUCAAGAUAGAAGUAGAUGGAGAAGAAAAAAUAGUUAAUGACCUAGAAAUUAAUAGGCCACAUGUUUCUCAAGCUGUUGAUGGCAUCCUCCAACUUGCUGAGCAAGAAAAAAGCGGCAAAACUUUAUUUUCAUCAGACGACAAUCCGAUAUUUUUACAAAUAAAUUGUAUCAAGAUCCCAAAAGUUCCUCAUCGUCGUCUGCGAAUAACGUUGCCGCAUGAUAUGGUAGGACCUACAGACGACAUUGCGCUAUUUGUUGGCGACCUCGGGAAGGGACGUCGCCAGGACUACGAGAAGACCAUCGAGCAUUGGGAGACGAAACUAAAUGAGAAGGGAGUUACGCGCAUCAAGGAAAUAAUUCCAAUGGCGAAAGUAAAGGCCGAGUACCGGCAGUUCGAGACGAAGAGAAAACUCUCGAGGCUCUUUGACUUCUUUUUGAUUGACGGAAAAAUUGCGGGACACAUGACUCAUCUUCUGGGCACGACAUUCACACGCGCUGGGAAACCACCGACUCCCGUCAAGCUGUGGCGGGACAAUUUGAAGCAGGAGUUUGACUUUGCGUUGAGGAAGACGUGCAUGGACAUCCAUGGACACGGUGGCACCCACAGCGUCAGAGUUGGCACCAUCUCUAUGCCCCAGAAGAAGAUCGUCGAUAAUAUUCUAGCAGCUUGCGAAGCUCUGGAGAAAUUAUACCCCGGAGGAUUCAAUAACAUCCGGUCUAUUGGAAUUAAAACCAGAAAAAGUCUGGCGAUUCCUAUUUAUUACACAAUGAAAGACAAAAAUGAGGUCCAGGUACCAGUAGUUCAACCACUGAGACCCAAAGCCUACAAAACAGUAACCGGAGAGCUAUCGACUAUCGAAGACGAUGAUGUCGAAGUAGCGGUAACUCCUCGCGGAAACGUCAAGUUCAUUAAAAAAUCAACCCAAGAAAUAAUUCCCGAACCGGGCGUCAAAACACAGGAACCAAAAACAAAAAAAGGAAAAUUAAAUAAAAUAAAAAAUAAACCAGCUUUGAAAAAUACUAAAGCUAAAGAUAAAAAAAUAAAAAACAAGUCUUUGGAAAAAAAAAUUAAGGUUAAAAAAAUCAAAUAAAUUUAACUAGUUGAUUAGUUAUAAGUUGUAAAUAUUUUUUGUAAAUAUAUUUUUUGAUUACAA